CCGGACGUAAUAUUGUAUUUCCCAAACAAAACACGGCAGUGCUGUUCUUGUCUCGGCUCUGCUGGGCGAACGAUGGGGGAGGCUGACGUGACGCAGAACCAGGCUGACGAGAAACCUCCGGACUCGGCCUUGGUGCCCGGGGAGGAGUCGGUGGUGUGGAGCCAUGAGGUGGAGGUGUGUCUCUUCCACGCCAUGAUUGGACAUAAACCUGUCGGAGUCAACCGUCACUUCCACAUGAUCUGCAUCCGAGAUAAAUUUAGUCAGAAUAUCGGCCGCCAAAUCUCCUCCUCGGUCAUCUGGGAUCAUCUUGGAACAAUGUACGACAUGCAGGCGCUGCAUGAGUCAGAGAUCUUACCGUUUCCAAACUCGGAGAAGAGCUUCUCUCUGCCUGAUGACAUCAUCCAGGAAGUGAAAGAAGGUAAGCUGUGCUCUGAAGAGGAGGCAAAGGAAGAGUUCAGGAUGGAGCGAGAACCUCCAGUCACUCACGAAGAAGGAAGUAACUCCUCAGUGAAGAUGUCGGAGCGCUCAAGCAACAGCCGGGACAAGGACAGGGAGCGGGACAAGGACAAGGGAGGGACUGAGGGCGGAGCCACAGGAGGAGGAGGAGGAGGGGGCGGCAAGGAGGCGGAAAAGAGGAAGAGGAGUAGGACGGCGGAGAAACUCUUGUCUUCUUCCAACCCUGCCAGUCCCGGAGGAGCCAAAAGGCGGCGCACCUGACAAGGGGCCUGUUGUCACGGAGCAUACUUUCUGUCAUAUGACUUGUCAGACAGGACGUGUGGUCAGAGUAGGCUUAUUUAAUUCCUCUUCCUCAUUUGCCACCUGAGGCCCUGGUCAUGUGACCUUUUGUUUACGUGCAUCAGAUUUUAUGGACUAGAGACAAACACUCAGUUGUUUUUAAAGUCUGACCAGCUGACAGGAAGCUUCUGUGAGCAACAUGCACACAGGAAGUGGCCACAACUUACAACUAGCAUGCUGAAUUAGCCUGCUAGCUUAGCCUUAGCCUUAGCAUUAGCCUCGCAGAGCUGCUAACGUUCUGGGGUCCUAACUACAAAUGUUUCACCGUACAGCUGGAAAACUGAAUUCUAUGUUUUAGUUGUUUUAUUUUUGUCUACUUUUUGAUGUCAUUACGAUUUUUUUACUGUAUUUUUUAUUUCAGUUUUUGUGUCAAAAAGAAACAGAUGUUUAGUGAUUAAAUUGAUUAAUCAAACUAUUAUCUUUGUGGACAGAUGUUCAGUUUUUUUUUUUAAUGACUGCACGCAACAACACAAACGUUUUCAAUUACUUCAAAACGUGCUUAUAAAUUCAAAACCAAUCCUUGCUUAGUGAUUUCAACGUGCUUUGACAUGUUCCUGAGUGAGGUUGUCAUAUAUCUGCAUAGCCACACGGGGGCGGUAAUCGCUCGUGUCACCUUCAGGUACUUGUUCCUGAUGUUUCCUCUUGCCUCUGAAAGAACCGAAUGAAAACUGUGCUGGCCCAAGUCUGAAGGAGUCAAGCUCUUCAGCGUUUUCGAUGACAAAUACAUCAUUGCUAGCAUGUGGCAACUGUUCAUUGCGUCAAAAUCAUGGAUUUAAACUCCGAAAAAAAAAUAGCCAAUAACAAUAAGCCAUAAAGAAAUAGCAACCAAUAGAAUUAAAAAACAACUGACAAAGUAAAUACAAUAACGACACAAGACAAAACGGAAAGUUAGGCGUAUUAGUAAUAUGUAGUAAUAUUUUGCAUGGAUAAUAAACACUGUUGCCACCAAUAGUUAACACUGAUGACUAUAUUAACUAUACCCUUAGUGUUUUAAUUUAUGACCGUGCAACAUUUACAUAUUAACAUUUUUUCAUCUUAAAAACAUGACUAUAUUGUUUUCAUAAUUUACUGAUUUCAAUUAUAAAACAUUGUAGUUUGUGGUGACCACUAAGUGGAAGUGUUGAUGUGUUUUGUGGCAAUUUUUUUGUUUGUGACAUAUUUUUCCUUUUUGUUAAAAUAAAGAAAUGCUUUGUUGCAGUUGA